AUGGCUCAAUUUCCCGACAUCUUGGCCGAAAUAGGCGGCUUCGGUCGCUUUCAGGUGCAGCUGCUGCUGCUGCUGAGUGCCCCCACCUUUCUGUGUCCCUUCUACAUGUUCAGCCAGCUCUUUACCACCUUGGAGGAGACCCACUACUGUUCAGUGGCCUGGGUCAAGAACCACACCUUCAACCUGAGCGCUGCUCAGCAGCUGUCCCUGAGCAUACCUAUGGAUGCCGCAGGCAACCCCGAGCCCUGCCUCAUGUUCCGGCCACCCCCUGACGGUGCCAGCCUGGAGGACAUCCUCAGCCACCGCUUCAAUGAGACCCAGCCCUGUGAGGCGGGCUGGGACUAUCCUGAAGGCAGGCCCCUGUCCCUAAAGAAUGAGUUCAACCUUGUUUGUGACCGGAAGUACCUGAAGGAGAUGGCGCAGUCCGUGUUCAUGGCUGGGCUCCUGGUCGGCUCGCUCAUCUUUGGGCCCCUCUCUGACUGGAUUGGUCGCAAACCCAGUGUCCUGAUACAGCUGCUGCUCUUCGCCCUCAUCGGCCUGGCCACAGCCUUUGUGCCCAACUUCGAGCUCUACACAGUCAUGCGCUUUGCCGCUGCUCUUCCCGUCGCUGGGUUUGCCUUGAGCAGCAUCUCGCUACUUGCAGAAUGGGUGGGGCCCGCUCGGAGGACUCAAGUCAUAGUCCUGGUCCAGUGCAGCUUCUCUGUCGGGCAGAUGGCCCUCGCAGGACUUGCCUACGGUGUCCGUAACUGGAGGUUCUUCCAGAUUGGGGGCACUGCGCCCGCCCUGCUGCUCUUCUUCUACUUCUGGGCUCUGCCGGAAUCUGCCCGGUGGCUCCUGACCCGGGGGAGGGUCGAAGAGGCCAAGCAAGUGAUUCAGAAGGUGGCCGCUGUCAACAGGCGGAAAGUCUCCCCGGAGCUCCUGAGCCAGCUGGCCCCGGAGAAGACAGGCCCCUCAGGGAAUGCCCUGGAUCUGUUCCAACACCCCCAGCUCCGGAAGGUGACCCUGAUUCUCUCCUCCAUCUGGUUUGUAGACAGUCUGGGGUACUUUGGCCUGAGCCUCCUGGUGGGGGACUUUGGCCUGGACAUCUACCUGACGCAGCUAAUCUUCGGAGCUGUUGAGGUGCCCGCCCGCUACUCCAGCAUCUUCUUGAUGCAGUGGUUGGGCCGCAAGUGGAGCCAAAUGGGGACUCUGGCCCUGGGUGGCCUCAUGUGCAUCAUCAUCAUCUUCGUCCCAGCAGAUCUGCCUGUAGUGAGCACUGUGCUGGCCAUUGUGGGGAAGUUCGCCAUAUCUGCUGGAUUUUCAAUCUCCUAUGUCUACUCUGUUGAGCUCUUCCCCACCAUCAUCAGGCAGACAGGCAUGGGGCUGGUGGCCAUCUUCACAAGGAUCGCGGGCAUCCUCACGCCCCUGGUGAUACUGCUGGGCAACUACCACAAGGCCCUCCCGAUGGCCAUCUACGGCGGCUUCCCCCUUGGGGUCAGCUUACUCUGUGUGCUGCUGCCUGAGACAAGAGGCCAGGCCAUGAAGGACACCAUCAGGGACCUAGACGAGGGGCCCCAACCACGGACUAAGAAGUUAGCGUCCUCCAAAAAUGAAAUGGGGGCCUCAGAAAGAACUGUGAGCAGCACAUACUUCUGAUUUCAUUCCCCUGGACACGGCUGGGACCUGAGAGUAAGACAGGCUUUGCUGCUGAAGGCAAUACUCCAGGACCUAACUCCAGCACCAGCACAGCCUGCCAAGACCAUUUCCAGAGGCAUCCGGACGGGUCUUUCUCCUUCUAAAACCCUUCUUAUCCCUUGAGCCCCACCCCAAUACCCUCUUCUGGGCCAGAGUCUUGAUCUUAACUUGUUCUCUGAGAGUCUUGUGAGGGGUAUGGCUCCCCGGGUCCCCUCAAUCUCUGUGGAGCCCAGAGGCAGUGGUAGGUGCUGCUUUUUGUCUCUGUAAACCCUGGUCAGAA